AUGGCCUUGCGUCCCACUAAACUAGAUGCGGUCUGUGAAGAGGUUCAUGGUGAAUUUGCAUCGUGUGGAAUUGCAAGUUUACAGGAGCUCUGCCAGCAGGUGAGGCUGCUGCGCGCCAAUGUAGAACGCCUUGCAUCCGAACAAAUACCGUCGCUCAGUCUGGACAUAACAGCGCUUCAGGAGCCUCACCUGCACCUGCCGUUGCAUACUAACUUUCAUAUGGGCAUGCAGGAGAAGAAACCGACACCAGGAAGUGUCAUCUUUGGUGCUGAGUCGCUCCUUUCACACUGCAAAAGGCUCACUGCAGACUGCACACGUGGGUCGCACAGGCUGCCCGAGAAGGAACGCCCCACACAAAUGAUGUACGCGGUGGGGUAUACCCCUCAUUAUCCCAACAGGAAAAUGCCUUCGUACAAUUCAACCAAAUACACUGAAAGAAAAAAGAUAGAAGAAAAAAAAGAUACAACAUCGUACACUCCCAGCAACCCCUCCCACCCCAACGCCCAAAAAAGCUUUAAUCAUUGUACGGACCAAUUGAAGAUAAACCAACAAAUUAACCCUCAUAUCGCAAAUAACAAACAAAAAACAACACUUGAAAAAACUCAAACAGAACAAAAAACAGAGCCAUUUGGACAGGCCGCUGCAGAUGACAAACCAUCACCAUUUGGACAGGCCGCAGCAGGUGACAAACCACCACCGUUUGGACAGGCCGCUGCAGAUGACAAACCAUCACCAUUUGGACAGGCCGCAGCAGGUGACAAACCACCACCGUUUGGACAGGCCGCUGCAGGUGACAAACCACCACCGUUUGGACAGGCCGCUGCAGGUGACAAACCAUCACCGUUUGGACAGGCCGCUGCAGGUGACAAACCAUCACCGUUUGGACAGGCCGCUGCAGGUGACAAACCAUCACCGUUUGGACAGGCCGCUGCAGGUGACAAACCAUCACCAUUUGGACAGGCCGCAGCAGGUGACAAACCAUCACCGUUUGGACAGGCCGCAGCAGGUGACAAACCAUCACCAUUUGGACAGAUCGCUGCAGGUGACAAACCAUCACCGUUUGGACAGGUCGCUGCAGGUGACAAACCAUCACCGUUUGGACAGGCCGCUGCAGGUGACAAACCACCACCGUUUGGACAGGCCGCUGCAGAUGACAAACCAUCACCGUUUGGACAGGCCGCUGCAGGUGACAAACCAUCACCAUUUGGACAGAUCGCUGCAGGUGACAGACCACCACUAUUUGUACCGAUCGCUGCAGGUGACAAACAACCACCAUUUGGACAGGCCGCUGCAGGUGACAAACAACCACCAUUUGGACAGGCCGCUGCAGGUGACAAACAACCACCAUUUGGACAGGCCGCUGCAGAUGACAAACCAUCACCGUUUGGACAGGCCGCUGCAGGUGACAAACCAUCACCAUUUGGACAGAUCGCUGCAGGUGACAGACCACCACCAUUUGGACAGGCCGCAGCAGGUGACAAACAACCACCAUUUGGACAGGCCGCUGCAGGUGACAAACAACCACCAUUUGGACAGGCCGCUGCAGGUGACAAACAACCACCAUUUGGACAGAUCGCUGCAGGUGACAGACCACCACUAUUUGUACCGAUCGCUGCAGGUGACAAACCAUCACCAUUUGGACAGAUCGCUGCAGGUGACAAACCAUCGCUAUUUGGACAGGCCGCAGCAGGUGACAAACCAUCACCAUUUGGACAGGUCGCUGCAGGUGACAAACAACCACCAUUUGGACAGGCCGCUGCAGGUGACAAACAACCACCAUUUGGACAGGCCGCUGCAGGUGACAAACAACCACCAUUUGGACAGGCCGCUGCAGGUGACAAACAACCACCAUUUGGACAGGCCGCUGCAGGUGACAAACAACCACCAUUUGGACAGGCCGCUGCAGGUGACAAACAACCACCAUUUGGACAGGCCGCUGCAGGUGACAAACCAUCACCAUUUGGGCAGAUCGCUGCAGGUGACAGACCACCACUAUUUGUACCGAUCGCUGCAGGUGACAAACAACCACCAUUUGGACAGGCCGCUGCAGGUGACAAACAACCACCAUUUGGACAGGCCGCUACAGGUGACAAACCAUCACCGUUUGGACAGGCCGCUGCAGGUGACAAACCAUCACCAUUUGGACAGGCCGCUGCAGGUGACAAACCAUCACCGUUUGGACAGGCCGCUGCAGGUGACAAACCAUCACCGUUUGGACAGGCCGCUGCAGGUGACAAACAACCACCAUUUGGACAGGCCGCUGCAGGUGACAAAAAACCACCGUUUGGACAGGCCGCUGCAGGUGACAAACCAUCACCGUUUGGACAGAUCGCUGCAGGUGACAAACCAUCACCGUUUGGACAGGCCGCUGCAGGUGACAAACCAUCACCGUUUGGACAGAUCGCUGCAGGUGACAAACCAUCACCGUUUGGACAGGCCGCUGCAGGUGACAAACAACCACCAUUUGGACAGGCCGCUGCAGGUGACAAACCAUCACCGUUUGGACAGGCCGCUGCAGGUGACAAACCACCACCAUUUGGACAGGCCGCAGCAGGUGACAAACCAUCACCGUUUGGACAGGCCGCUGCAGGUGACAAACCAUCACCGUUUGGACAGGCCGCUGCAGGUGACAAACCACCACCAUUUGGACAGGCCGCAGCAGGUGACAAACCAUCACCGUUUGGACAGGCCGCAGCAGGUGACAAACCAUCACCAUUUGGACAGAUCGCUGCAGGUGACAAACCAUCACCGUUUGGACAGGCCGCUGCAGGUGACAAACAACCACCAUUUGGACAGGCCGCUGCAGGUGACAAACAACCACCAUUUGGACAGGCCGCUGCAGGUGACAAACCAUCACCAUUUGGACAGGCCGCUGCAGGUGACAAACCAUCACCGUUUGGACAGGCCGCAGCAGGUGACAAACCAUCACCAUUUGGACAGAUCGCUGCAGGUGACAAACCAUCACCGUUUGGACAGGUCGCAGCAGGUGACAAACCAUCGCUAUUUGGACAGGCCGCUGCAGGUGACAAACCAUCACCAUUUGGACAGGUCGCAGCAGGUGACAAACCAUCGCUAUUUGGACAGGUCGCUGCAGGUGACAAACCAUCACCGUUUGGACAGGCCGCAGCAGGUGACAAACCAUCACCGUUUGGACAGGUCGCUGCAGGUGACAAACCAUCACCAUUUGGACAGGUCGCAGCAGGUGACAAACCAUCGCUAUUUGGACAGGGAACAGGGUUUGAUGCGUCUCGAAACACUAUGUUUGCGAAUGCGCCUGGUGUUUUCCAGGUGUCGUUUGGAAAGCCAUCGACGACUUUUGCAACCACAUCCUUUGCUGCUGGUGGCGGGUUUGGAGCACCAAGUGCUUUUGGUUCUAUUUUACAGAAUGUUCAUGCUACAUUGCCUGCUGGAAGCGCGUUGUCUCAUAUUGGAAGUGCCUUUGGUUCUCCUGGAACGUAUUCUGGCGGUGCGUUUGGUGGAGCAGGUGUAAGUGGUCCGGCAAUUGGUGGUGGUAAGCUAUCUGCAUUGGAGGGAAGUGGGUUUGGUCAGGCUUUCAGUGCUUUUGGUAAUCAUGCAUCAACUGUGUUAGGAAGUUUUGGUCGGAAAGAAGGUGAGGGCACCUUUGGUGCUGUGGGAGCCCAUGGGACGGGUUCCGCCACCCCGUUUUCAAAGACCAGUACCACAUUUCAAUCUUCUUCUUUUUCCAGUAUUGCGGGGAACUACAAGGCUGCUCCGCAAUUUAAGAGUGUUUUUGGUCCUCAUUGA